UUACAAACUCAAAGCAUGGCGGACAGAACCUUUUAGUACGUCUGAUUUGGCCCUUCAAAUGCUUAUUUUCUCGUCUCUGACACCCUCGGGUCUCUGAAUUCGUCUUGAAGUGAAUAAUUAGCAACGUUGCAACUGAGACCAUGCCUUCAGCUUGUGACUCCCUAAUUGAUGACAUUGAGGACAUGGUGUCUUCGAGCGACCCCACUCCUCACGAGAGGCAGUCUGCUAGAAGGAGUAUCAUACCUAGGUCCAGGAGGAAAACAGAUAUUUUCAACGAGGAACUCCAAGCUGACAGCCUGAUUCCUGGCACCCAGAAAAUCUGGAUGAAAACAUGGGGCUGCAGUCACAACAAUUCUGAUGGAGAGUACAUGGCUGGACAGCUUGCUGCCAGUGGAUACAAAAUGACUGAUGACCCAGCAGAAGCAGACCUGUGGCUACUGAACAGCUGCACUGUAAAAAACCCUGCAGAAGACCACUUCAGAAACUCAAUCAAAAAAGCCCAGGAGCAACAGAAAAAGGUGGUAGUAGCUGGAUGUGUUCCCCAGGCCCAACCUCGAAUGGACUAUCUCAAAGGGCUCAGCAUCAUUGGGGUUCAACAAAUUGAUCGAGUGGUAGAGGUUGUGGACGAGGCUGUUAAAGGUCACUCAGUUCGUCUUUUGGGGCAGAAGAAAGAUGGAGGCCGGAGGCUGGGAGGAGCCAGACUGGACCUGCCCAAGAUAAGGAAAAAUCCCCUGAUUGAAAUCAUAUCCAUUAACACAGGGUGUCUGAAUGCAUGCACCUACUGCAAGACGAAGCAUGCCAGAGGAGACCUGGCCAGCUAUCCUAUAGAUGAGCUAGUAGAGAGAGCCCGGCAGUCUUUCCAAGAGGGAGUGUGUGAAAUCUGGCUGACCAGUGAAGACACGGGAGCGUAUGGCCGAGACAUCGGGACCGACCUGCCCACUCUGCUGUGGAGGCUUGUGGCAGAGAUUCCUGAAGGGGCCAUGCUCAGGCUGGGCAUGACCAAUCCACCUUAUAUCCUGGAGCACCUCGAGGAGAUGGCGAAGAUAUUGAAUCAUCCGCGUGUCUAUGCCUUCCUUCAUGUUCCAGUGCAGUCAGCCUCAGAUAGUGUCCUCAUGGAUAUGAAGAGAGAAUACUGCAUUGAUGACUUCAGAAGAGUGGUCGACUUCUUGAAGGAGAGGGUCCCAGGUGUAACAAUUGCGACAGAUAUCAUCUGCGGCUUCCCUGGCGAGACGCAGGAAGACUUCAGAGAAACUACAGACCUGGUGAAAUGUUAUCGAUUCCCCAGUCUCUUCAUCAAUCAGUUCUACCCCAGACCAGGGACACCGGCGGCCAAGAUGGAACAAGUGCCGGCACAUGUGAAGAAACAACGAACAAAAGAACUGUCUCAACUCUUUCACUCCUACAACCCUUAUGACCACAAGGUUGGGGAGAGGCAACACGUGUUGGUGACAGAGGAGUCCUUUGAUGCCCAAUACUAUGUGGCACACAACAAGUUCUAUGAGCAGGUACUGGUGCCCAAGAAGUUAGAGUUCAAGGGGAAAAUGAUUGAAGUAAACAUCUAUGAGGCGGGAAAACACUUCCUGAAAGGACGACCAAUUGAAGACAGUAAACCUUUCACUCCCUCCAUUGCAACACCCUUUCAAAAAGGAGAAGUGUCUGGGCUGAUGCAGGAGCAGAUGGCAAAUGGUGUCCAAGGUCCUUCUUCUAUGUCUUCCUCUGUUUUGUUGAUUGGGUCUUACAGCGUAGACCGGGAGCUAUUGAAGAGGCUGGCGGUCGGACUGGCGCUGGCAGCAGCCUUACUGGCUUUUAUUGUGGAGAGGCUGUAUUAGUGGUGCAACUGUGUGCUCUGAGAGGAGCCGUAACCAAGGGGGAGGAUGGAGACAUAAUAGGGGCCUUAACAACAUUUUUGAAUGGGCUGAAGCUCAUUGAAUUCUCCCACUUAUGUUCUGCUUUUAAAUGAAUCCAAAGAGGAAGGACGACAUACUUUGAUUUUUACUUUUAAUUUCAGGUCACAGCUCAUCAUUUGGCAUGUUUUGACUCCAAAAAAAUGAUGCUGUCCUCUUUCAGUUAAGAGUGAAUACAAAUUUUUUAUAGUUAUAUUUUGGUACAUGCUGGUUCUAUCUUAAAAGGCUGUUUCAACUCUUUUCAUAAAACUGAUUAUUGCCUUUCUAAUAGUCCUUUAAUGAUAAAACUGGGUAGUCUGCUUCUUCACAACAGCGCUCUAUACAGAGAUGAUAAACACAGCUUGCUUGAGUGUGACAAUUCUUUUAUGGAACAAUGGAGCAACAUGUGUCACAGUCAAAUUAAACUUAAUUUGUCCCUUACAUGUCAAUGUAUUUAUUUGAACUGAACUACAUCAGGAAAACAUUUGAACAAACCAGCGUGUUGGCCAUUGUUAAAUUGUUAAUCAUUAAAUGCAGCAUUUUGUCACACUAAGCAAACACACACAUUAUAUAUAUUCCAUUUUAGAAUAUACAGUAUAUUAUGUCAUAUAUAUAUAUAUAUAUAUAUAUAUAUAUAUAUAUAAUAAAUAUACAGUAUAUAUUGAUAUUUCUGGAAGGCAUUUUAUAUUUUGCUGAUGAGUUGUCUAAAGGUGGUGAUAUACAGUCCCUCACUACAUCACGGUUCGAACAUGGCGCCCUCACAAAAAAAAAGAUCACUGUUAUGUGGUUGAAUACGGCCCGUUGUCAAUAAAAAAUAUGCAUAUUGAAGAAAAUUAUACAUUCCGUAUUUUCACGACCAUAAAGUGCACCGUAUUAAAAGGCGCAGUCUCAGUUACAGGUGCUAUUUUUGUAUUUAACACAUACACAAGGCGCACCGUAUUAUUGGCCGCAGGUAUGCACACUAAAACAUACUGUGUCACUCAGAAGUCAGUGAGGAAGCGACAAUGCUUUAUUUCUUUGGACAGAUUAAGAGCAGAACUCUCGUUCAGUUUAUCAAACCCACUUGAAAUCAGGAUGGUCGUCACUCAACACAACAGUCUCAGUCAUGGUGCACAACUAAAAGCAUCACACAGCAACGCAAAAACAGACAAGACACGACCGCUAUUUUUGCAGAACAAUAACUGACAACUAUGUAGCUCAAACAUGUAACUUUAAGAGCAUUUGCACCAAAACACUACCGCAAAGCACGCUGGGGAACAGGAAGUGCUCCCAGCGACGCUACAAUACGCUAGCAUGAGUUCGGUUGCACUUUAUUGAAGUAUUUAACAAUGUACUCACAUUAUUUUUUAUCAAUCCUCAUCCAAAAAUCCAUCAAAGUCCUCACCUUCUGUAUCCCAAAUGAACAGCGGGGCAAGUUCUCUAUCAAACACGCCAGGUUCCCUGUCGUCAUUGUCAGUCAGUCUCGUUGCCAUGCGGCGCCUCAGAAAUGAUGCUGGCUUUUGCGAAAGCUCGAACAUUGCAUGAGCACGUUAGCCCAAGCAUUCAUAAUCCAUUCACAAAUUUUCGACCGGCGCUGCCUCCCAGUCUUAGUGAAGCUGUGUUUGCUAGCUGUCAUCCAUCGCUCCCACGCCGCUCGCAACUUCACUUUAAACGUCGUGUUUACACCGAUGUCCAGCGGUUGGAGUUCCUUCAUCAAGCUCCAAGUUCAUUUGCUGCACUUGUUUUUUCACAGCAGCUGUGGUGACGCAUGGGAAAAAAACAUCUCUUUCCAUACACGUCAUUGAGCCAUUUUCUCCUAGUCUUUCCAGCCCUUUUGAUUGGACCGGCUGGAAACUUUUCUUUAGGCAGCAUCUUCCUCUUAAAAAUCACCACAGGCCAUUACCAUGGCAACCAAGCACAACAGUAAAAGCCGACUUCUCGUGCCCCGUUGUGUGUAUCGCUACUGUGCUGGUCCCCUUCUCUACAGUGUGGUUCACCAGGAUGUCGAAAGUGAGCGCCACGUCGUCCAUGUUGGUGAUGUAGUCGGGCUGGAUGUGUUUGUCUGCAAUUUUUUUUACUGCAGUAGGAGUGGAAGAUGGCCAGCUUUCCUUGUAAUCCGCUGAGUGUUGCUGCGCCACGGUAGUCCUUGCCCGGAUGGAUAGAUGGCGCCGUUUCAUAAAAUAUACCUAUAUAACUACUGGGGCGUGCCUUUAGCGUCCUCAGUCACGUCCACCUUUCCUCUAUAUAAGCAGCGUGUCGGCAGGAGACGCUCCCAGUCAGUCGAGCGGAGCGCUCAUAAAAGUCACACAGCAACACUUACAGAUUUUGGAACUCGGUACACACAUAAGGCGCGCCGCAUUAUAAGGCGCCCCGGCCAUUUUAGACAAAAUUUAAGACUUUUAAGUGCGCCUUUAUGGUCGUGAAAAUACGGUAUUCUUGGUUUAAAUUAAGCAUUAUCAAGCAUAAAAAUGGCUAAAUGAACUAACUAAACAAACGCAAGAAGACGUAUUCGAAUUUAACCUAAAAUGUUCAUUUACCCUUUUCAUUCGUAAUUUAUAUGCAUUUAGAAUUGUUUUAUGCAUGUAAGACUAUAAAUGUGAAACUAUAAAAUGUGUUUUGUGUAAACAUCUUUGAAAGUCCACCGCUAAUGAUCAUAGACAGGCGACAGAGCUGCCUGCCGUUUCCUGUCCAUGUAGUAGAAAGCUAAUAGGAUGCUAACAAGGACGUUUUGUGAUAAUAGAUUAACGCACCAUAUUGUAUGCUACUCAAAUAAUGUACGCAAAUGAAGGCUAAAUUUUGCCAUACAUUUUUGACGUUUUGCUAACCGAGGUUCCAUUGUACAGUCGUCCCUCAUUUAUAGCGGUUAGUUGUGCACAUGUGCAUGAAACUUGUGCAGGUGCAGAAACACUCCUGUUUUUGAAAAACGUAACGUGAUUUUGUGCUUAACAUUUUGUAUGAUUCACAACUAAAUUCCUGUCAGAACAUGCAGACCUCUGAGAUUUAUGGAGUCUAAACAAGGUCCCAUAGAAUUUCACUGAAGUCUCUCCUGAGUCUUGCCAGCAGAAUGGAUUUCUCUGUUUCUCACUUUCUCUUUCAUACACACACACACACACAUGCAUACACAGCCAGCCUGCCUAUGCUUCUGUCUAAUCUCUUCCUGGUUUAAGGUGCAGCCAUCCCAGCAUGCACUGAAAUCUCACACGCUUAAUAAUGUAUGCCCCAAUUUAUAUCGCAUUGCACUGCCACAUGUGUCUCUGUCAGUGUGCCUGCACUUUUGUGUGUGUGUGCGUGUGUGCGUGCUCGCACCUUUCCACUGUUUCUUAGCUUGUUUUGCAAGCUUCUUUUCCUGUCAAGCUUGUGUGCAUCUAUGCAUGCUUGCACUUUCUGAUGCGGUGCCUAUAGGUUCCCCGAUGCUUAAUUUAGCACAAGGCCAGUGUGUAGAUAUGUGUGUGUGUGUGUACUUCAGGACUGACAGGAUAGUUCACCUCUUGAUUCCAAAAGCCUGACAUGAGAUACAAACGUGUGUUUGGUGCCUUUGUAUUAUCUCAGUAAAUGAUGCAUGUCGUACGUACACAGCGCAUGCAUCUGGCCCGGCUUUUCCACAUAAACAUUGCAUCCACACUUUUGGAGCAUAUAGGCAAAUGAUGCACAUCAAGUCAAGUUGCACACAAACACAGGCGCUAAAGCCUUAUAUUAGUCGAUCAAAUGAUGCGUGUCGUACACACAGACGCACACAAUGUAGCCUUGUAUGAUGCGAUCAAAUGAUGCGUGUCACCAUGAAGCUUGUUACACCAUCCAGCAGUGCCCUAAAUUAUCCUCCCACCAUCCAUACUGUGACACUUCUUUUGAUGCUUUGUAAGCACAUUUCCUCUGCAUGUGUGUCAGUUACACUGCAUUGUUCUCCAAUGAAAUAUGAAUGCUGCGACACCCUUUAUGUUUGGUACAUCAUCACUUACUAUGAAAUAUUGAGGUGGGAACCGUAGAGAGGAGAUCGUUAUUCACUUUGCAUCAUUCCCUUCAGUUGUUUCUAAUAAAAGCGACACUUUCUGACUUCUUUUCUCAGUUGCAGCUGUUGUCAAUUUGUCAUCGGAGGUGAGACGUCCUUUUCAUGUGAAACGAAGCAACAUUAGACUCCAGACGAAUGCAUGCAAGUUGAAUGCAUGCAUGCAUACACGUUUGACUCGUUCAUUUCUAUGCUGCUAAUCACAAGGAAAUGUGGCAAGAUAAUUGUUUGUUUUUGUUACAGCUAAAGUGUGGAAAACUAAUAUACGAAGCUAACUGUUGUUGGUGUUGCUGUGGUGAUUGUAAAUGCGGUUGUCAAUUAUUUUCUGUCAUGUCCUGGCCAGGGACAACAUUUUUUUUCAAGUUGUUGCGCUGCCUCUAAAGUUUUUUUUUGUGAGAAAGCACAUCUCACAAAUCUUUCAAAACCGAAAAACCCCCCAGAUCAGGGGUGUCAUUGUCGUUUUCAUUGAGGGCCACAUCGCACAAAAACGUUGGAUUGCAAAUCAUGAUCCAAAGUUACUCGAUUCAUCCUUGGCUCAAACCGCAGCUAAAGCACAUUUAAUCCAAAUCUUUUUAUAACUUGAUGAGUUUUAUUAUCCUUUUAUCAAACGCAUCCCUCAUUUAAGCUGAAUACAAAAUUUGCUCCAAAUCCCCUGAUAAUUUCGCAUUUUCUACUUCUUGGUACCUAAUUGGCACAACGCAGCUCGCCUUGCAUUUCUAUUAGCAAAAGCAGUUAUGUGGAGGUACUGUUUCCUAGUAGUGGUCUGUUUGGGUUUCCAAUUGCUGUGGGUCAUCUCUGGGCACUGCAGUAUCACAGUCCACUGUCUCCACUUUGCUGCAGCGCUCAGUUUUCUUGCUGCCCACUGUCUCCUCUUGGAUAAAACUCAUCUACUACACCAGGAGUGUCAAGCUUCACAGUUAUGGCAGCCCUCAGCGGGCCACUUGGAACUGUCUAUAUAUACAGUAUAUAUAUAUAUAUAUAUAUAUAUAUAUAUAUAUAUAUAUAUAUGAAUGUAACCUCAUUAUAUUACACAAAAAAGGUCUUGUUGCAUAGCAGAUAAUGUUCAAUUUUAGAAGAACUGACAUCCAGUACAAUUUACACAUUAAUCCCAGGCUUUCACGGGCUACAUCUGGCCCCCUGGCCUUGAGUUUGACACCUGUGCUCUAGAUUAUGUUUGAAUUUACCAGGAUACUGUACAUCACAGGUGGUCUCUGGUUACUUAUGAAUUCCUAGACUGUGAUGGAAGUCUAUUUUUGGUGUAAGUCAGAUCUUCUACAUAAAUUACAGCAAAGUUCACUCACAUUGUACACAAAACACAUGAAAGACAUAUAAAAUAUAGUAAUAAAACACUACAUACAAGAAUUCAAUGAAACAUUAAUAAAACAGAACAAUUCCUUACUUUUAACCCAGUGAUUGCCUUGCACACUAAGGGAUGUUAAAAGUAGUGAAGUGUCUAAUGACAGGCUUAGUGAGAGGAGAAAGUCUCAACAACGAUACCAUUACACUGCGUAUGCUGUUAUCACUGUCCCUUUCAUAGGAGCAGAUCGUUUCACAUGUUCAAAUAUACCAUUUGUAUCCUUCAUUAUGUUUGACUGGUCGUUGGAUGUUUGGAUGGUCAUUUCAGCAGCUUGCAACCGCUGUUGAUUUCUCCACUUAGCAUCUUUCGAUGUCUAAUUUCACUUUCUUUUAUGCGCUGCCACCAGAUCAGUCUGCCUCACUGGCCUGGGAGUCAUAGCAGAGAUUAAACUUAAAUAGUUAACUAAAAAGAACUUCUCAGCGUAGCGACGUGACUACGCGUUCGGCCCACAACCUAAAGUAGGCUUUGACUUUUGGCCCCCCUGUACGAUAGGCCGACACCCCUGCUGCAGCUGGUAAAGUGAAGCCUUCAAUAUACAAGCACGCCAGGAAAAUAACACCGCAGCAGGCAGUCGGAUCUUUAUAACAGCAUCCACACCCAGCUGGAUUUUUUUUUUUUGCGUCGGACCAGACUUGACCUUAUUUUUCCUCAUUUGCUGUUAUUUGCUGGAAAUAUUAUUUGAGAAUGCAAAUGUCAACAGGUGUAAGGGUUUUACUGUUCCUCAUCAUUCAUGGUUCCAUUGUAAUGGACCACAUAAAAUCAUUGUGAUGAAGGAAUGUUGGAAUUGUUUCAGAACAAAGGUGUUUAUUGUAACUUUUAUUUUGGUAAUUAAUUCAAUUUGACAAGAAAUUUAAAAAGAUGUAAUCAUCCUCAGAGAAUAAAGUCGUAAAUAUUUCAUGAAUUUUUAAUAUCCCAAUCAUAUGGCCAUGAAAAUAACAAAACCAUUUAUUUCAGUUGCAAAAAUCACGUGCAUAUACAGUAGACACCCCUACAACGUAAAUAAUCCGUUCCGAGAACGUUUACGUUAUAGGGUUUUUACGUUAUACGAAGCGUAAAAUACAUGUAAAUAGCCUAAUCCGUUCCAAGAUCUUCCCAAACUCACCCCUUUGGCCACGAUGAGGAAGGGAGGUUGAAGGGAGAAGCCUGUCUCUCACACAAACUCACGUACGCGCUGUAUAAGUCAGCCAAUAAGAUGAGAGCGUAGGCGGUGCCCCGAUAAUCAGCCAAUGAGAUGAGAGCGUAGGCGGUGCCAAUGAGAGCGUGAAGCGUCACCAAGUGUACUCUGUUAGUCAUGGAAAAUAUUUCCCUUCUCUCUGUCGCGCGAGCUAUUCAAAUCGAAUUUCUGAACUUGCACCGACUUGACGCUCUACGUUAUAUGGAAUUUCUUACGUAAUACGAGGCAAAAACUUUACAUAAAUUCUUUACGUUCAGUGGAACUUACUUAAAAGGAGGUUUACGUUAUGCGAGGUACUACUGUACUUCUUCACAUUGUUCACUUAUAUGAUGCUAUCUUUUUCCUAGCAGUGCAAUUGAACAACUUUUCAAGUUAAUUGCAUGCAUCGUUUUUAUGCACACACAAAAACUGCCAUGCACGCAGCAAAUAAGAAGGAACGUGAUCUACAUCUGCCAAGUUGCUCAUUAACCUCCAUCUCCGACUGUGACCUUUUCAUUUGUGCUAACGCUCUAAAUGAGUCAACAGCGCUUCCAUUUGCCACUUUGAUUAUUCUAUAGCUCCUGCUUGUUUGCUUGUCUGCAUAGAUUUAUAAUUGGAGCACAUUUCAUGACAUUUACAACAAAUUUGCAUACCUCUGUGUGUGAUCAUUGUCAUCAAUGCCAAAAUCCACAGUUCAUGAUGUAAAACUUCCAAUUUUGGCACCGCUACAUAGAGUACUGUAUAUGAUGUACUGUAUGUAAUAUUUUGAUGUGUGGAAGCCGUUUUUGAAAGCCAUCACUUGAUUCCUGUGGCGUUGCAGUACAGUCAUACUUCGCUACUUCACGGUUCGAAUUUCAUGGCUUCCCUUAUCACAAUUCUUAAAAAAUAUAUUACGGUAAUUAUUGAAUCAUAGUCUUGUGGAUGAUUACUGCCUAUUAUUAGGAAAAUAUGCAUUUUGGAAAUUGUACAUAUUACGUACAUGACAAAUAUAAGGCAUUCAGAAGACGCAUUCAAAGAUGCUGUGAAGAUGUAGUAUUCUACACUGUUCGCUAGGUGUCAGUAAUGUUACUUUAAUGUUCGGUGAAGCAUAUAAGCACCAGAUGUGAUCGCCAAAACAUCAGGCCUUUAUUGCAGGUUUGAAUUACCUCACAACAGGCACAAUAAUCCUCAAUAAAAACAUGGACUCCUGUAACCCGUGCCAAGUUAAAACUCAACUCUGAACCCCUGACAUCACUUCCUGUCCACCUGCCACUCAGCUCCCAGAUGAGCAGCUCAUUUCGCAGAGACCGAGCAGUUAUGUGUAGCGUUAAAGAGUUUUGUGAUUUCCGACUUGACGUCUUCACCUGACACGAGCCCUGCUAAGGAGGACAGCUGAGUUUGCUGAUGUUGUUUUGGCAUGGUUCUACCGACAGUAGCCUGUUUUUUUGCAAUAUAGAAAUUGUUGAUUGACCACCUCCUAGUCAUCCUUAUGUCGUCUGGGUAGACGUUAAAGGAAAACUGCACUUUUUUUGGAAUUUUGCACAAUCCAUAUGUGAGACAUGAACACACGUCUUUCUAUUUUCUUUGCGUUCUUAAUAGAGGAAAAACUACUAGCACAAGGCAGCUAACAAUACAUGUAAUGGGAUUCACCUAGUCCACCUAUACAACCCUCCUCCAAAAACCUCCACUCACGUUUUGUUUUAUAUACAUUCCAGUAACAUGUAGUAGCAGGUACUUUCAUGAUAACAUGUAAUACUUACAGUAUUUUGCCGAGCUUUCUUCCUGGGCACAUUAAUUUCACAGAGCCCAUAGCAACGAACGCUCCUUCUGUCAACAGAAACAACAUAUAGAGAGCGUUAGCUACCCGUAAUCAUGGCAGACGUCGUGAGAGCCACCGCCGAUGACUACUUCUUACUUUUCCUCCCCCCAGGCAGAGAACAACAUUUCUGGGUGUUCAGCAGAUCCAGCUGUAGUGAAACACGAAGCCAUUCCGAUAGCAUUACAUUAGCAUGUAGCACUAGGGCUAAACGUUUCAAUGACAAAACAAAAAAACAUAACGAAACACUUACAAUGUCCGCUGUCACUGGGAUGCCGACUGAUGGAUGGCUGUAUCUUUCAGCACAACAGUCGUGCUCCCCGUUGAGCUGGUCGAUUCAAUUAAAAUUCACAGGUGAUGCAGCAACUCCAUUAGCUUAGCUUACUUGUCGGUAGGCAGUGGCGUGAGGUGUUAGGAGUGAGGCGCUGUGAGCGAGGUGCUGUGUCACUUCACCAGAAAGUAGUUCUUCAGUUUUAGCUCCCGCUUUAGCUUGGUUAAUAUGCAGAUCACAUUAUGUAAAUAGAACAUUCUUGGCGUUUUGGGGGAGUUUUUUUUUAGAGGGCUUUAUAGGCGGAAAAGGUGUGUCCCAUUACAUGCAUUGUUAGCUGCCUAAUGCUAGCUGUUUUCUCUUUUUAGAAUGCCCAGAAAAGAGAAAGACGUGUGCUCAUAUUUCAUAUAAGGAUUGCUACAUUUUUUGACAGUACAAUGCUAUAGCUAGUCAUGUAAGAACUUAAGUGACUUUGGUUAUUAUCAAGAAAACCAUGGAAGUUACUAGAUAUUAGCUUUUAAAUUAAACUCUUAAAAGCUAUAUUUAUUAUCAUCAUAUUUGUCCAAACAAAUGUACCUUUAGUUGUACCAGGUAUUAAAAUGGAUCAAUAAACUGAAGAAACAAGGGUCUAAUAUUUUUUCCAUGACUGUACAUACAAAAUGGCACACAGUGAAACACAAAGCUCCAUCGUUUGUGUUCAGUUAGCAUUGGAAUCUGUUCGCUCUGAAACCAAACCUUUUCACUACCCAAAUUAAACAUUCACCAAGUGAGCCUUUCACAAGACCAAAACAGCGGCAUACACAACAAAUACAAGUACACAUACCCAAUGUAAUAAUAUUCCCAGGGUAUUAUGUAUCCUUGUUCUUGAAAUAUCAAAAUAUGCUUGGGUCAAGGUAGUGGUUGCUAAUUAGCAUACAAAUACACAAACGUACAGGUUCUGCCUGUGGGCUAAAAAGACCUCUUACCCUCAAGACACACAUACAGUACAUAAUCAGGAAAAAAAAACAUACAGUACAUACACAGAAAGUGCACCAUUAAAGUCUCCAGUUGAUAUAAAACAUGCAGCGGGGGGGAAAAUUUAAUUUUAAUUUUUUAAUGGACUAGUUCUGAAAAAGAGCGGUUACUCUGAGCUAAAUUGGACUGUAGCAGACAAAUGAACAGAACAAAAUGUAAGCCAUGCUAAAAGAUACUACAUGUUUGAAAAUGUAUUAGCCUAGCACUAGUCUCUUUAAUAGUAGAACAUUUGAAUCAUGCUUUAACCACGUUAUUAUGGGGUUUUGUUCAAAGACAGCACAUUUUUUUAAAGUUGAUUUGAGUGCCGAGGUAUUUUCUGGGAUUUCUGAGCAUACGUAAAUAAAUAAAUGUCGCAAAUUAUACUUUGCAGUAAAAGUUAUUUAGGCCACACAUACACGCAUACUAAAGACGUGUUGUGAUGUUCGCAGUGCCCCUGUGUGCACUUCGCUGUCAUCUAGUGAUUAUGAGGAAGUGUCGUUCCAAGGAGGACUAGAGACGUUUUUGUGAGUUGAAGAUGCAUAUAUGGUGUUGGAAUUGCACUGCUGUUGUGUUGAGGUCAGAAUAUACUGUAGUUAUUAACCCAAUGACUGCCAGCCAUGUUCAGAGCAGAUACUGUAUAUACUGCCAGAGUUUUUGGGCUUUUUUGCUGAUCUUUUAAGACCCACACAAUAUUGAGUUUUAGGACUACGUAACAUUGAAACUAUCUAAAGAAACUCUUCUUUGGGUCUUUAGAUAUUGGCGGUAGAAUAUAGGGUAGUUUCAGCAAAAACACCUGAUUUUAACCAAAAAACAGAACAAGCUUUUUCUGCAGAGAAGCAAAUUCAUGCAGAGUGACGGUGGGGUCUGCUGGAUGUGGGGAUGAAUCCCUGCUGCUGGCCGAUCCAGACGGCAGCCACUCGUCAGAAGAAUCAGGGUGGGGGUUCUAAGUCAACUGACUCUGAACUGCUUCUGGUGUCAGGCUCCGGUGUCACAUGUCUCAACAACGCUAACCACUACCUUGUUGCUUCGGCUGCCAUUGUCCACUGCAUUUGUGUCUCCAUCACCUGCAUCACCCAUGUCAUCUCUAUCUUUCGCGAUCGCGUCACUACUAAAGGCAGAUCCACCACCAGACAAGCAGUGUUGGCUGCCUGUAUUUUUUUAUUUGAUUUGAUUUGUGCAUGUGUUUCGCCAUUUUCCUCUCUCAACCCACAAUCUGUCUUCUUCAUAGACAAUCUGUCGCUGCCGGUUGGAGGAAAAAGAGAACUGUUGCCCCCAACUGGGACAGAAAUACAGUACAUUGCCUACAAGUCAGAAAUUCACACACAAGAUGAAAAAGACUUUGAUCUUGUAGCUCCCGUGGAAAAAAAAAAAGCAAAAGUCUUUUGUUAAAGAGCGACAGCCUUGGUGUGGGGACACUAUUGUGGCUCCAUCCGCCAUCAUAACAGAAAGGUGUGACUUGACAAGGUGCGCAUGCGUUAAUUAUGCUAAAAAAUGUUAAAAUAAAUGAAAUUAAAUAAAUUAGUUAUUGCCGUUAACAUGGUAUUUUUGACAGCACCAAGUAUUAUGUCAUUACUGGGCCUGUUGUGAGAUAAUUCAAGCCUGCAAUAAAAGCCUCUUGUUCCGGUGAUCAAGUGUGGCACUUGUAUGUUUCACCUACUGACACCUAGUGACCAGUGUGGAAUAUUGCAUAUAACCAUUUGACGGAGUCUUCUUAAUGUCUUAUUUGUAUUAUACUUGAUUUAGCCAAUGUUAUCCUUGGAAAAUGCUUCAUUUAGGCAAAAACUUAGAAUGUGCUUAAAUAUGCAUACUUUUAAACCUUUAGUCCGUAUUCAACACUAAACCACAUGAUUUAUUACUAUAUUUUUGAAAAACCGUGAGAGUGAAGUCGCAAAAUUUGAACCGCAAUGUGGUGAGAUACCGCUUUAUUCUAUAUUAAUUGAAACCGUUAUAUCCCAAAGAGCGGGCCGCACGGUGGUCUAGUGGUCAGCAUGUUGGCCAACACAGUAACAGUCUGGAGAUCGUGAUGACCUGGGUUCGAUUCUCCCUUGUGUGGUUCUCCCCGUGCGUGCGUGGGUUUUCUCCGGGUACUCCGGUUUCCUCCCACAUUCCAAAAACAUGCAUGUUAGGUUAAUUGGUGACUCUAAAUUGUCCAUAGGUAUGAAUGUGAGUGUGAAUGGUUGUUUGUCUAUAUGUGCCCUGCCAUUGGCUGGUGACCAUUCCAGGGUGUACCCCGCCUGUCGCCCGAAGUCAGCUGGGAGUCCAGCAUGCCCCGCGACCCUAAUGAGGAGGUAUGAGGUUUAGAAAAUGGAUGGAUGGAUGGAUGGAUGGACAUCCCAAAGAUAUAUCUAGGCUAGGAUGGGCCGAACAAGAGUGUAAGAGGGAAAAAUUACACACUGAUAGGUAUUUAAUUCUAGGAAUACCAAAAGACAAUACCCAUAAACACUGGGGAUGGAACAAAAAACAAUCUUUCAAAAGCAGGACAUAAAACAACUAGUGAAGCAAAAAGAGUGAGUACACCUCUUCUAUGGAACUAAACAGGCCAUACUAGGCAAUCAACACACAAUUAUACACAAAAUGGCUGAGCACACGGCACAAAUAACAAGGCGCGCUUCUGGUUUGGUCACACACACCGUAAUGGUUGAGAGAGCAAAUCGGAGGGAAGAGGUGCUUGCUGUCUGCCUCCUUUAUGCCAGCUCCACCUGACUGCCAAUCCACCACACCUGGGAUGCACCUUACAGGUGCGUCACCACUCUGCAUAGGAGAGAGGAGAAAAAAAACAGCCACACACACACAAGCAGCCACACCCACUACGGGGCAUAACAGAAACAUUUACAGGGAGUUGAGUCUUUAAGCAAAAAAAACGAUUUGAUGCUACAUUUAAUAUCUGUUAUUAAAGAGCUUUCAAGAACAAUGCAGUGCUGAGCUAAAGUAUUGAUUUUGUGAGUACAAACACUUUAAAACGCUCCAAGUCAAAGAUGUGGAGGCCCAUCAAACACACAUACACAACAAAAGCACACACAAACGACGUACACACACAAAACAGCACUGGCAAACCACAGAGACGCUCAAGUACAGCCAAUCUCUCCCUAGUGCACUGUAAAUACUCAGUUUGCUUUGCAGCUACAACAGUGUGUGCAUGUGUGUGUGUGUGUGUGUGUGGAUAAAUCCCAACAAUCACUGAAUGCAGGCAUAGGGUCCAUCAAACCAAAGACAGGCUUGAAUUUGAACACUCAUGAACGUGUGCGCAUACACAGACGCACACACAGACAUUAGGAAUGGAUAUGCCUGCCAAGUAAUUUUCCCCUCUGUUCCAGAAGGCACUGGAGUGCAGUGAAGAGCCUAUAUAGAAAAGAGAAGGCAG